GCAAGCCGUUGCUUUAGCCUGAUAACCCAAAACCAAAACAGAGGGGAUGUUUUCGUACUAAAUCCCCAAGAAAUCAGAAAUUAUUUUAAAUAUCGCUUUGUCACUCUCCGGUCGACUCACCGGUUAUCACCCAGCACCUGUCAGACGGCUGAGAAGAAGCUAACUGCGACUGAGAUGGAGGAACCUGGUGGUACUGGAGCGGAGUCUGCGGCUCCAUCGCCUGCAGGUGCAGUCAAGUCAAAGCUGGACACACUGCCCAAAGAUGACCUUAUCAAGUUUGCAAAGAAACAAAUGGCUGCCAUGCAGAAGAUGAAAGGCAAAUGUGCAGAUUUGGAAAAAGAAGUUGAAUCCCUCAAAAAGCAAUCCAAAAACAAUAACAACAGUUCGGAUGACUCUGCUCUGAUUCAGGAGCUGACUGAGAGGAUGGAUGCCUUACUACUGGAGAAGGCAGAAACUCAGCAAAGUCUUUCACUAUCUCGUAAAGAUCUAGAGAAGACAAAGCAGCAAGCCAAGGGUGACCUAGCAGUGCUGCAGGGAGAGCUUGACCAUGUAAAAGAAGAUCACCAAAAGAAGAUCAAGACCCUUGAAAGCAGCAUUGAGGAAUCCAACAACAAACACCGAGAAGAAGUGGCUUAUUUCCAGAAAUUACUGAAAGAGCGAGAAGAAAGCGACAGGGAGAGGGAGAGUGAAAGAGAGAGGGAGCGCCUGGCUGAACAUACUAGUGCAAAAGGGAUGGCUGAAGAAGUCCGCUCUUGCUUAGAGGCUCAGCUGGAAACCGUUCGAGCUGAACUGGAAGCGUUGCGGGAGCAAAAAUCCAAGGAGUUGGCUGAGCUGCAGGAGAGCUACCAAAGGGAUUUGACGGAGGCCCAACAGGAGGUGGAGAACCUGAAGGAGGAGCUGAAUCAGAAGAGUCUGCAGCAUGAGGAGGAGAUGAGGGCUCUGGAGGAGGACUGUGAAAUGGAGAGAGAGCGUCUCCUGUUGCUCCACGAGGAGCUGACCGAGCAGCUGGCUCUCAAAGACAGCUUCCUGCAGGAUGUGCAGGAGGAAGAUGAGGAACCUGCCCGUGGUUCAGGGAUUGCCAAAAUGCUGGAGCUGUCAGCCCGAAGUCAGGGUGACUCCAGCCUCGGUGAUGGAGAGGAGACAGAGACAGGAAGACUGAGAGCAGCCCUGGAAGAACUCCAAGCCCAGAGCACCAUGUUACAGGAUGAGCUCACUCUGCUCAGUAAUGUGAAGGGUGAGCUUGAGGCGGAGCUGGAGAAGGUAAGGGAGGAGUUUCAGAUGGAGAAAGAAGAGCUGGAGUUUAAAAUCAACGAGUUGCAGAUGAACCGGGAAAGUGCUCCCAAUGACCCAGCUGUAACGCUGAACCAGCAAGAAGGAGAGUUUCAGCAACAGAGCGAAGCACACAAAGAUGGAGGUGAAUCCAAAGAGUCAGCAGUCAAUCCUGGGGACCAAAACAGUCUAAAUCCCAAGGAGCUGAGGGCCCAGUGUGAGGCCUUGACCAGAGAGAGAGACUCUGCUGUGUUCGAGUGUCAGCACAUCAGAGACAUCCUGCAAGGUCUGGAGACAGAACUGGGUGAAAAGACGAAAAAUUUUGUUCUUCAGUACAACGCCAUGAAGGAGCAGGGGGUCAGUACUUUGCGGGAACUCCAAGACAAGCUGGAACAACUAACCCAGGAGAAGGAUGAACAGGUGCUGAGGGUGAGAGAGGUCACAGAGGAGAAAGACACUCUGAUGAAAGACCUGCAAGACCUGAAGCUAAAGCUUGAAGUUACUGCAGGCGAAGACCAGAAACUUCAAUCAUCUGUAGAGGAACAAACAACUUUAGCCUGUGAAUUGAAGCAAUCUGUGGAGGAACUGACCAAGCAGAACGAGGAGAUCCUCUCCCAACUGCAAAUGAAGGAAAACGUGACUCAAGACCUGAAAGAGAUGGUCAACAAGCUGACUGAAGAGCGAGACCAAAUACAGUCCCAGCUUCAGCAUACAGAAGAGGAAAUGCAAAAGCUGAACAAUGAGAGAGGGAAAGAAAUGGAGAGGCUGCUUGAGGAGAAAGAGAAAGAGGCACUUUUGCGUAAAGACGAGAACAUGAAGGAGUUGAACAGCUUGAAAAAAGAGAAGGAGAAUGAAGUGCAACAUCUGAAAGUGGAGAGGGAAAAGCUGGAGGAGAGCCUUAGGGAGGAGGUGGAGAGAAGGCAGGAUACAGUUUCUGCUUUAGAGCUGACUAUCAAAGAUCUCACCAUAGAAAAGUCUGACCUCCAACAGAAAUUGGAAGAGGCAUUCACUGGGCUUUCUAAAACCCAGGAAGGAAGGGAGCUUUUGGGCUCCAAGAUGGCAGCCAUGGAGGCUCAGCUACAGCAGGAGACCUCUGAAAAGAAUCGGCUAGAGAUGAAGUUGAGUUCACUGACAGAGGAGGCAGAGCAGGCUCGCGCCACAAUCACAGCUCUGGAGGGAAAUCAGUCUGAAGCGCUUAGAAACUCCACCAAAGAAGUUGAGGAGCUCCAAGCACGCGUUGAUGAGCUGGAAAAGGAAAAAGGGCUGUUGAAGAGUAGUCUUGAGGAGGCUCAAGGAGUAAUGGGAUUAGAGGAGGUGGAAAAGGAGCUCCAGGCACAUAUCGCAGACCUGGAACAGGAGAGGUGCAUGUUGAGAAACAACCUGGAGGAGGUGGUGAAGGAUACAGAAGGGCUGCAGAAAGACCUGGAGGACAUGAAGUCAGUCAAUGAGAAGCUUAACGAGGAGAACCAGAGACUGCAGGCUCACAUUUCUCUGAUGUCUCAAGAGAAAGAGGAGAAGGUGGAAGGGGAAAUGAAGACAGAGAUGGAGAAUAUGGAGAAAGAGAGAAGAGAGCUAAAAGACCAGCUGACCGAGAAGGAUUCACUCAUAUCUCAGUUGAGGAGCGAGAUUGCUGCAGUCCAGGAGUCUGCUGUCCAGUCUGCAUCCUCGGAAGAAAAUACAGCCAGUGAGAUCACAACAAAAAUAGCUCUCCUGGAGAAAGAACACAAAGAAAAGGAUGAGAAGAUGAACAAAAUCAAGGCAGUGGCCAUCAAAGCAAAGAAGGAGCUGGAAACCAGUAAGAAAGAGGUUGCAUCCCUGAAAGAAGAAGUAGAUACACUGAAAGCAGAGAAAGAGAGAGUGAACAGCUCCAUGAAAGAUAUCAUCCACGGUGCUGAAGGCUACAAGCACCUGCAGAUAGAUUACGACAGGCAGACAGAGCAACUGGAUAAAGAGAGAGAGAAGGCGGAGGAGGCAGAGAGACAGAUUGCUGAGCUGACCAAACGACUCAGCAGUGUUGUCACACAGAAUGAGACUCUGAGCAGUGAGAAGGAGGACCUGCUGGCCAGUUUGGAGACCCAGAGGAACACAGUGAGGCAGCUGGAAGCCCAAAACCAGGAGCUGCAAAGACAGUCAGCCAGUCUGGACAGAGACAUGAUGGCCGAGAGAGCUAUGAAAGAACAGAAGAUCAAGGACUUGUCAACUGCCAUGAAGGAGGUAGAAGAGCUGACAGCCCAGCUCCGCAAGCAGCAGCAACAGUCUCAGCAGACUGCCCAGGAGCUGGAGCAGCUACGCAAGGAGGCGCAGCAGAGCUCUCUGCUGGACAUGGAGAUGGCUGACUACGAACGCCUGGUCAAAGAACUCAACGCCAAACUCACAGAGAAAGAUGAGUGUGUCGAGGAGUUAAAGGCACAGAUAAGCACACUGACCCAGAAGGAGGACACACUCAAACAGGAAAUCGAGGCUUUGAAGUCCCAGCUGGACCAGGGGGAGGAGAAGACCUCCAAGAUGAAACAGCUGCUGGUGAAGACCAAGAAGGACGUGGCCGAUGCCAAGAUGCAGGAAAGCUCCCUAUUGAUGCUGCAGGCCUCUCUGAAAGGAGAGCUGGAGGCUAGCCAACAGCAGCUAGAGAGCAGCAAGAUUGAGGUGUGCGAGCUGACAGCCGAGCGCCACCGCCUGCAGGAGCAGUUGAGGUCAACGUUGGAACAGCAACAGAGAACCAGCAGCUCCCUGCAGCAACGCAUCAACAGCCUGCAGCAGGAGAGAGACACUACUAAGGCUGAGCUCACAGCAACAGCCAGCGAGUUUGAGAGUUACAAAGUGCGAGUCCACAACGUGCUCAAACAGCAGAAGAAUAAAACCACUGCCCAGACUGAAGGAGACUCUGGCAAGUUAGAGAGGGAGCACUUGUCCUCUCAGGUAGAACAGCUGAGGUCCAGGCUGGCAGAGAGCCAGCAGAGCCUCCAGAGCAGCACGGCAGAGCUGCAGCAGCUCCAGACUGAACAUGACACUCUGCUGGAGAGACACAACAAAAUCCUUCAGGAAACCAUCAGCAAGGAGGCCGAGCUUCGUGAGAGGCUGCUGUCAGUGCAGUCAGAGAACGUGGCUCUGAGGUCAGAUCUGUCCCAGGCUCAGAAUGAUCUGUCCUCCCAGACCGAGGCUCAGCGCCAGACCUACAGGGAGCAGCUGAGGAAGCUGCAGGACGACCACCGGGCCACUGUGGAGACCCUGCAGGGCCAGCUGACUCGCGUCGAGGAGCAACUCUUCAGCCUGCAGAGCCAGAACAGUUCAGUGGCGGUCCAGUCUGUCCGUAAGCCCCUGUCGUCAGACCCCCAUCGCAGAAGCACAGAUCAGAACCAGGCAGGGCUGAACCUAAUGGCCCUCAGCGACCUGCAGUCUAUGGCCAGGGAGGAGGGCGAGGGCAUGGAGACCACUGAGACGGAGAGCCCUUCUCCAGGUCUUGCGUCUCUGCCCUCACUGGAGCAGCUUCUGACGUCCCCGGACCCCAAACAAGAGCCAUUCGUGUGGACGGUGGAGCCCACCAAAGAGGAGCUGAGUCAAAAGCUGAGCACAGCCACACGCAGUAUGGAGCACAUGAACAGCCUCCUGCAUGAAACCGAGGCCACCAACGCUGUUCUCAUGGAGCAGAUCACUUUGUUGAAGAGUGAGGUCCGUCGUCUCGAGCGAAACCACGAGAGGGAGAAGAGCGUGGCCAACCUGGAGUACCUGAAGAACGUCCUGCUUCAGUUCAUCUUCCUGCAGUCUGGCAGCGAGAGGCAGGCGCUUCUGCCCGUCAUUCACACAAUGCUGCAGCUCAGUCCGGAGGAGAAAAGCAAACUGGCUGCCAUCGCACAAGGUGGGGAAGAGGGGUCCGGGUCUCGCGGCUCAGGCUGGACAUCCUAUCUCCACAGCUGGUCUGGGAUCAGAUAGACAUGUGAUGAUCAACCGACCUGAUAAAAACAAUAGAAGCACAGUGCUGUGAUGUUACUGGACCUUUUCUGUGAAAACCUGUACUAAGCUGUGAUGCUGUACAUUUGAAAUAGUGGCAUAACUGGGGCAUUUACUAAAUUCGGGGCACACAAUAGAAGGGACCAAGGGACGUAUCAGAAAAGAAUGAGGAAGUGUGAGGUAGAGAUUAAACCAAAACAUUUGACAUGAACAUUGAUUUGAUUCUGCAGUGCAAUAGUUCCAUUAAUCUCUUACCAAUGAACGUCAACUGUGACACAUUUCUGUCUUCCUUAGUCUUACUAUUGACACAUGUAUUUAUAACAAUAUUUACUGGACCUGAAGGUUACACUGUCUUGAAGUGGAGCCCAUAAAGCAUUAUAAGGCACCAUUAGCACUAUGAAAAAACAUUGUAUAAUGUACUUGAUGUGCACAAAUUGUGGGAGGAGGAUUUAAUCAAGGGGAUUACUUCUUAGUGAAUGGCAUGAUAUAACUUGAAUAUGAUUUUCAGAUGAUGGAUUACUUUGCAAGAUUUUACUUGCACUUUUAAUGGGCUUGUUCUGUGUAGCGCAGCACACUUAAAGGACUAUACCGGAGUUUUAGCUCCUUUGGUACAAAUCAAACAGACUUUACAUUGCUUUCAACAGUUUUUAAGGGUUUGAUUAGAUGUUAAAGAUUUUCGAGUGUGUCUACCUUAGAGGAACCCUUUUUCCCAUUCAUUGCAGUAUGAAAAUCGACACGAAACUUGCUCUGUACAUGAGUAAACAUUUAUUUUUGAGCAGUUGUUGCCUGGAAUGUAGUAAAAGACACUGAGAAAACUUAAAUGCAACAUGCUUUGGAAAACAAUCAGCAAUAGUGUUAAGUAUGUGUGAUUUAGUUUACAGAGUGCUGCAAGGCCAACACAGAUGUUAGCAUGGCCCUUUCCUCUCCUCAACAAAAAGCCUAUGGAAUUUUUCCAUAUGCAAAGCUAACAUUAGGCUAUAAACAAACUACAAAAUAAUUGCAUGACUUCAACAUCAUCACCACAACAGCUGUAAAACCAUAUUUGGCAUGAUGAUGCUCUGUAGUCUUAUUUAGCCACUUGUUAGCUUAACUCUUUUUUUUCAGACAGUCUUAAAAAUUCACACGUGGGGUAUUUACCGACGUGUUUUAUGUCAUAGAGCAAAUCGUGGAAGUCUCCUAAGCUAUACACCCUUCACUGACUUCGAGACGAGGGUACUGAGAAUGCUAACGCUCAUGUGCAGCACUCUGUGGGCUAAAACAUGCUACAACCCCUUGUGGUCUGUUUAAUCCCUGCUGUAUGCCUCACAGAGGAGUGCGUGUCUACAUCUUCAGGCUCACCUGACCAACACGAGUGACUGAACAUUAUCAAUAACAGCAUAUUUGUGCUUUUAUUCUGACUGGGUUUGCAGUUGUUCACUGAUGCCUCACAUUCUGUAAUCAAGAGACAUUAUCAUUUUCAUUCAUUGAGUUUGGUUCAUCAUAUCUUGUAGUGAUGGUUGGUUUGUGAUUUUUGUUCUGGUUACUGAGUAAUUUGUUGUUGUGGUUGUUAUUUAAUGCCAAAUUAUCAUUUCACUGCUUUCUGUAUCUGUUCUGGGAAUAUUUUAUGGUUUUGUCAGUCGAGCUGCUGUUUGAUCCCUGUACACAAAAGAUGUGUUGCAACUUCAUCCACGCAGCUGUCUUGUUGAAGGACGGUUCCCAUGACAGCAAGCACAUCCUCCAUGCUAAAGUGUCCUUGAGCAAGACUCCUUGUAAGACCCGUGGGUGCUUUUUUACAGUGUCUGACCAUGACCUCUGACCUCCGUGUGGAGGUGGUAGAAAGAGAGAAGUUAAUUCUGCACACAUCCACCCACUUUUACAUCACACCAAUACAUGCUGGCUCAAGUCCUGCUAACGAUAAAGAUAACUGGCCUGUUCGUUGUCUCAUUCCAGUGGCAGCUUUUUUGUUUCUGUGAUUCCUUCAGCGUAAGUGAAUGUAUUUUUAUCCAAGGCUUUUAUAUUUAUGAUGAUUAAUAUCAGCAGGAGCUAUAAGAGAUUACUUCAGCUAUAAAAUGUGAUCUGUAUAAGAAUGAAUGAGCAUUUACAUUAUGUUAACUAGUUCACUGUGUAACAGCUUAUAUCAGACGCAGUUCUUGGGUUUUUUUCUGGUUAUUUCGGACUGAAAAAUGAAAAUAAAGUUAACAUGGACAGGAAUGUGUCCAAAAACUUUAA